UAUAUGUGAGUAAGAGAGAGAGAGAUGGAAAGAAUGUUCCCUCCAAAGAAGCCCUCAACUAUGAAUUCCCAUGACAGACCCAUGUGUAUUCAAGGCGACUCUGGCCUCGUCCUCACCACCGACCCUAAGCCUCGCCUUCGUUGGACCGUCGAACUCCAUGAACGCUUCGUCGACGCCGUCACCCAGCUCGGCGGCCCUGAUAAGGCCACCCCGAAAACCAUUAUGAGGGUUAUGGGUGUGAAGGGGCUUACGCUUUACCAUCUCAAGAGCCACCUUCAGAAAUUUAGGCUUGGGAAGCAACCCCACAAAGAAUUCAAUGAUCAUUCCAUUAAGGAUAGUAUGAGAGCUUCGGCUUUAGAGCUUCAACGAAACACUGCUUCCCCAUCGGCCAUGAUUGGUCGCAACAUGAAUGAGAUGCAAAUGGAGGUGCAGAGGAGACUGCAUGAACAGCUUGAGGUCCAAAAACAUCUUCAGCUAAGAAUUGAAGCUCAAGGAAAGUACAUGCAGAGCAUAUUGGAGAAGGCUUAUCAAACACUUGCAGGUGAAAACAUGGCUGCCACCAAUAACUUAAAGGGAAAUAUCAGUAUUGGAGCAGCUCAAGCCAUGCCUGAAAUAGGGGCUGGAGGAGUCAGAAAAGAUUUUAGUUCAACUCUUAAUUUUCCCUUUCAAGAACUCAACAUCUACGGUGGCGGUAGCGUUGGUAGUGACCAACUUGAUCAUCAUCUUCACCAUAUGGAGAGGCCACAGCUCGAGGGGUUGAUGAUACCAAAUAACAAUAACAAUAACAACAAUGAAAAUUUGAGUCUGGGCAAGAAGAGGCCAAAUCCUUAUAACAGUACUGCUACAGGGAAGAGUCCAUUGAUUUGGAAUGAUGAUCUUCGGCUUCAUCAAGAUAUAGGGACUGCUUCAUCAUGCCUCGGAGGACCUCAAGAUGAUCCUUUCAAAGGUUUUGAUCAGCAACUUCAUAUCGCACCACCAUCGUUGGAUCAUAGAGCAGGUGAAAUGGAUCCUACCAUGUCAGAAAUUUAUGACACAAAGCCUGUGCUACAAGGAGAAGCUGUGUGUGAUAAGUUUUCAGAGGCUUCAGUGAAGCUUGAAAGGCCAUCGCCAAAAAGGACAGCAACCACCACUCCUCUUCAAGGAGAAAGGAUGAGUCCCAUGAUUAAUAGUGGUACUAUGGCACAAGGAAGAAGCUCACCAUUUGGGUGAAUUAACCAAGUUUCAAAUCAUUAUUUCUUGUAUAAUUGACUUGUUAUGAACACAAGAUCUCGGCUUUUGAACUAGAUGUUGAAAUUAGUACUUACUAUCUGAUUUAGGGUUAUUUCCUGCGGACUAAUUAAUAUUAUUAUUAUGGCAUAAUAUAUAUGCCUUUGCAUCGCAAACCAAAAAGUCGUCAUCAUCAUAUUUUGAUAUAAUUGUGAAUUUAUACUUUAAUGUUUUGAGGAUUGUCUGUGCAUGUA